UGUCGGCUUCCGAGCGCCGCUCGCUGGUUUAGCGCGGCCCUAGGGAGCUGGAGGAGCCGCUCCCGCCUCGGGAGGCCGCCCGCGGUAUCCCCGGGUUUGGCGUGACUCUGUUGCCGCUUCGUUCCCUGCUGCACGCAGCCUAGGGCUCCGCGGGAACGCGCCCUGCCGAGCCGGGGGCAGGAGCGCCUGGGGACCCGGGUGUCUCCGGUAUCUGUGUCACUAGCGCGUCUUGCCGCCUUGUGCAGGAAACAGUCGCUAACGAAACUGCAGGGCCUUGGUUUCUGAUGGUAAUCUGAGCUCGCGUAGCCGAAAUUCUUGUGUUGGUGGCUAUGUUGUCCUGCUUUUGUGAAUUCUACAAGGAUAAAGCGUGGCUGUGGUCCUUAAGCUUUUUCUAAGUUUAUUUUUCAGAUAAACUAAGAGUAAAAACUUAAGCUUUCAUGCUUUGCUUUCUUUCUUAGGCUAAAAAAAUAAACAGUUGAAGUCUUCUUUAUGAAACCAAUCUUCGGUCAAGUGUAACUUUUGAUGUAUGGUCUCUAAAGCCCCCCACUAUGCCAGCAGCUACCGUAGAUCAUAGCCAAAGAAUCUGUGAAGUUUGGGCUUGUAACUUGGAUGAAGAGAUGAAGAAAAUUCGUCAAGUUAUACGGAAGUAUAACUAUGUAGCUAUGGACACAGAAUUUCCAGGAGUAGUUGCAAGGCCUAUUGGAGAAUUCAGAAGCAACGCAGACUAUCAGUACCAACUCUUACGCUGCAAUGUUGACUUGCUGAAAAUAAUUCAACUAGGACUGACGUUUAUGAAUGAGCAAGGAGAAUACCCGCCAGGAACUUCAACUUGGCAAUUUAAUUUUAAAUUUAACUUAACAGAAGAUAUGUAUGCUCAGGACUCUAUUGAACUGUUGACGACAUCUGGUAUCCAGUUUAAAAAGCAUGAAGAAGAAGGAAUUGAGACACAGUACUUUGCAGAACUGCUCAUGACAUCAGGAGUUGUAUUGUGUGAAGGAGUCAAGUGGCUUUCCUUUCAUAGUGGAUAUGACUUUGGCUAUCUAAUCAAGAUCCUGACCAACUCCAAUUUACCUGAGGAAGAGCUGGACUUUUUUGAGAUACUGCGAUUGUUUUUCCCUGUCAUCUAUGAUGUAAAAUAUCUCAUGAAGAGUUGCAAAAAUCUGAAGGGUGGGUUACAAGAAGUGGCUGAGCAGUUAGAGCUGGAAAGGAUAGGUCCACAGCACCAGGCAGGGUCUGAUUCUCUACUCACAGGAAUGGCCUUUUUCAAAAUGAGAGAAAUGUUCUUUGAAGAUCACAUUGACGAUGCCAAAUAUUGUGGCCACUUAUAUGGUCUUGGUUCGGGGUCAUCUUAUGUACAGAAUGGCACAGGAAAUGCUUAUGAAGAAGAAGCCAACAAACAGUCAUGACAUGAAAUGAAAGGCCGUCUUUUUGACAUGCUUGUACAUAGGUUUUAUCUCUGGUUGAACCCCUUGGACAAUUAAGGCUUUUCCCCCCCUUUCUCAGCACACUAUCUUUUCUGCCUUUCUAUGUACUAAACUUGACUAUUCGUAUCACAGAUUUUGAUCUUAAUAUUGAUACGUAAAAUUUUCUGGGUUACAUUUUGGCCUCUUAACAAGCCCAUUUGUAAAGAAGCAUGUAUAGGAUCAGUGUGGCAGAGAGAAGGGGAAAGUUGAAUCAUAAUGAAUAUUCUGGUAAACUUGCCUACAUCAUUCUUCCAGUUUUUUGUCUUUCCCCACCCUUCUCUAAAUUAAUUGGCUUUGAUUAUAACUAACUUCCCCCUUCACAUCUAUUCUUUCCAGUAAGUAUGCAGGCGUUUUAGCUAUUCAAGAUUGUGGACCAUCAGAUUUGCACUUUAGAGAGCGAUUCUGACUCAGAUCCUCUGUUUUAUUUGAAGUUUGUUUUGGUUUUUUCUCUUGCCCUCAGCUAGAAAACAAUCAUCUGCCAAGUUCAGCAGCUUCAAGCUGUAUUUUCUUGGUAUCUCAACCCACACAACGGGACUUAUUUGCUGCAUAAUCUAUGUUUGUUCAAGCAAAACAAACUACUGAAAUCAUAGUAAUUGCUCUUACUUUACUAGUGUUUGGUCAUCUUCCAACACAUCCUGCACAUGUCAACUACUGGUUGGCCUGCUGCUUUAAAACUGCUCUGUGAUGGGGGAAAGAGGCUUGAAAAAACAGCUUUACACCCUUCAGGAGAAGGAACAGCUAUGACUUUAGCCUUUUUGCCAUUAAGCUGAGAGUUGAAGGAUAAUGGAAAAGUAGGAGUCUUGUAAUGGCACAUUUCCCGUGAUUAACCUCGUGGCUUUUAUCCUAGUAAUGUACACCUCAGAUAUUUUUUAUGAAGUCAUAUUUAUUAUGUACUUGAUUUCAUGAAUUUUGUAAGUCAGUUUAGUUGAAGAUGAACCCCAAAGAUCUGAAAAAUACUAUUUAAUUGAAUUACUGAAUUAGAACGACAAUUAAAUCAUGCCUUUUUGUAGUUGUUACAGAUGUUACAGAUAUUUGUUGUAAGACAACAAAAUAUAAAUAACUUCCAGCUAAUAAAGUUACCUGAGGAGUGUAAUGCUAGUUUAUUUUUGAGUAUAUCUUACAGUAUAUUUUAGAUAUAUUGUUUUCAAGGACCCUAAGGUAUGAUCUUAACUCUGCAUAGCAUGUAUACAGAGCAGUUGUGCAGGAAGGAUUUUUGGUAUUGAAUAGCUAAAUACUAGCCUGGAAUGAUGGAAUGUGUGACAUUGUGUGUCUGUGCGUGUAUGCGCGUACGUGUGUUUGACACAGAAAUCAAUGGCAGAAAAAUCUCCAGAUGUUCACCAAUUACCCUGUUUUAUCUUGUACUUAAAAGCAAAAAAAUCAAAACACCUUUUUCUCAUUUAAUUAUGAUGAUGUAACUGGGCGGUCCUUUUUAAACAAGUAAUUUGCAUAACAGAGGGUAUUUGUUUUUAAAGCUUUUGUAAAUAAAGGCCUAAGAAAUGUUUUCUUACAUAA